UGAUAGGAGAGCGGGGCAGCCAGGAAGGGAAGGCUGCUAGUCUGCCUUUCUUUUGGUUGUGUGCAAAACUUGAACGAACACUGCAGUAGCUAGCUGUUUGCACGUCUCGAUGUUACGAACAAGGACUGCAUGGAAACAAUCGCCAAUAAACGCAUCAAUCAGCACAGCGGCAUGUCAGAACCCCUCAAAAAGUGGGGCCGAGGCAUGUGUGUAUACGAUGUACAGGCAGCAGCAGUCCCCAAGAGCAACCAUACAACCAUAGCCACACGUACACAUUGUGACCUUUCUCUCGUUCGGGAGUUUCCUCCCUGCAGGCGCUAUCCUCUCGUCGCCCGUCUUGACCCGCACCACAUGACGCAGUCCAGCGCACAGUGCCCGCACGUGUGCUCGACACCGUCACACGGGCCAGGAAGACGCACUGACGAGAGAAAAAGGAUUUUUUAGGCAUCAGAACCCCUCAAAAAGUGAGAGGUCAACACACGCACAUAGAACAGAACAGCCCGAUUUCGUUGGCAAGCCCCCAUGCCACUCAGUGGUGGUGGUGGCCAUCACAGGUGGUCGUCUUUGGCCACUGAGGGGCGAAGUGGUGGUGGGUGGAUGGGUCCGCUGUGGGGCACUGGUGGGUGUGGUCCAUCGGGCGAAGAGUGGUACAGAACUUAUCCCAGUUGACGUCCAUGUCGGCCUUGAGCAGAUACAUCCACUCGGUGCACUCGAGGCUCUUCUUCAACGACACGUGCAGGCACCUGUGUACAAGAGCAGCAGCAGCAGUGAAUGCAGCACCCCGUCCUUCAGUAUGAGCUUGGCGGCUACCUUACCUUCCUCUGUGUCGGUCAUCGUCUUCUAUCAUCCACAGCGAGUCGUCGGGCUUGACGAUCUGCGUGAGAUCCCCACUCACAAUCUCAUCGCCCUGACAAGCACAGCACACAUGUGCGUGGAGAUCUCUCGUCCGGAUCUCAUGCUGACUUUGACGGUGAUGCUGAUCUCCCUCGGCUUGAUGGUACAGCGGAUGUCCUUUGCAGUGAUGUCCUCUGCAAGCGGCACCCAGACGCUGACGAAAUGCCCCUCCUGCAGGCCAGAUCCACAGCGGGAAACAUGCGUCCAUGCAGCAUGAGCCUGUUCUUGCACGUAACCUGGUCCCAUUCGUAUCGACGGGCGGAUUCCGCAUCCGAAAUGGCAACCAUCCCGAACAGAG